UUCCAAAUAGAAACCAAAAAGAACAUUUUUGUUUCCACACAUUCUGUACUUAGUUUCGAAAGCGUGGUGGAAAUUAUGUCAGGUGUUUUUCUCACAUUGUGUGUUUCGCUUUUGCAUGGUGCAUCUGGUGUUGAUUCAGACGAAGUGUCAGUGAUGGAGGGAGAUUCAGUCACUCUAAACACUGAUGUUGAAACAAACCAAGAAGACAGAAUAAUGUGGUAUUUUAAUUACGAUCGUAUCGCUCAGAUCACUGGAAAUCACAGUAAGAUCUGCACAGAUGAUGUGUGUCCUGAGAGAUUCAGAGACAGACUGAAGCUGGAUCAUGUGACUGCAUCUCUGACCAUCACAAACACCAGAACCACAGACUCUGGACUUUAUAAAGUACAGAUCAUCAGCAGCAGCAGCAACAGCUUCAGUAUUAGAAGGAGUAGGAGUUUCAGUGUUACUGUCACUGGUUCAGGUCCAUCUCUAGCUGCUGUAACAGGAAUAUGUGCUGCUGUAGUUAUUCUGCUCGUGGCUCCAGCUGCUGGUGUAAUUUACUAUCUUGAGCAAAAGAAAGGCAGGAGGGCGGAGCGAAAUCAAGUUCAGAAGAAUCCUAUAAAAUACUCAUCCGUUAGUCAGACUAAGGCUGCUGCUAAUGACGCGUCCCAUGAAAAGACUGAGACUGCCACUGAAACACCACCGUAGCAUUAUUUAUUAUUUUAUUUUUCUUGAAAGGGACAGUGAAGAGACGAUGGGAAAUGAGGAAAUACGGAUCAAACUCACUCAAACGGUAGUCCACGUUUUUUCAGUUACAUAAGCUUCCAAAAAGGCAGUUAAGCAGUAAACCAGCAAUAAACUAAGAAACAAAGCAGCACGUUACCAGCAGCAGAACAGCAAGUGCUGGAGGUUUUCAGUAUGUAAA